AUUGUUACAAUUUGGGGAAUACCUUUUGGCGGUAGUAUAUUUUUAAGUGUGAAAUCAGUAUUUUCAAAAUGGUUGAGGAAAAAAAUCAAACUGUUGAAUUGACAGAUCAUGAAGCUGAGUUAUAUGACAGACAAAUUCGUCUUUGGGGUUUAGAAUCUCAAAAGCGCUUACGAGCAGCCAAAGUUUUAUUAAUAGGCUUAAAUGGUUUUGGAGCAGAAAUAGCAAAGAACAUUAUUCUAGCUGGUGUAAAAGCAGUUACAUUUUUGGAUCACAGAAAUGUAACAGCUGAGGAUCGUUGUUCUCAAUUUCUAACGCCUAAAGAAUUAAUUGGAAAAAAUAGGGCUGAAGCUUCUUUACAAAGGGCACAAAAUUUAAAUCCUAUGGUGAAUAUUGAGGCAGACACAUCUAACAUUGAUGACAAGUCAGAUACAUUCUUUAGCAGUUUCAAUGUUGUUUGCGCAACACAGUGUACCAUUACACAGCUUAAGAGAAUUAAUGAAAUAUGUAGGAAACAUAAUGUGAAAUUCUUUGCUGGUGAUGUCUGGGGAACACUAGGUUAUACUUUUGCAGAUUUAAUAGUACAUGAAUACGCAGAAGAUGUUGUACAAACUAAGAAAAUACAGCUCUCAGAAAGUGGAGAACCUAUGGAGAAAGAAAAAUUUGAAAACAUAACUAUCACAGAAAAGCACAAGGACACAUUUGUGCCUUUUGAAUUAAUCUUGAAUGUCGAAAAAUCUUCUAUUCCUAAAGAUUCAGAGAUAUAUUAUGUGAUGUUAAUAAUGCUGAACUACCGUGAAAAGUAUGACAAAGAUCCGUUGCCCAGUGAAAGAUAUUCUGAAAGUUUCAAAACUGUGGCUGAAUCUAUUAUUAAAAAGUACGAACUUGUGGAUAAAAUAAAGCACUUAGUAGAGGGUGACGUAUACGCUCAACUUAGCCCAGUGUGUGCUGUCGUCGGCGGUAUAAUGGGCCAAGAAAUAAUUAAAACAGUCUCACAAAAAGGCGCCCCGCACAAUAACUUAUUCAUUUUCGAUCCAGACACGUUGUGCGGGAAAAUUUUGAGAUUGGGUCAGUAACGAUAACUAUUUCCGCGUUGGUAUGUUAUUUCGGUGUAUUGUGAUCGUCAUAACUGUUAUUUUUACCGCCUUUCAUUCCAUGUCUUUUGCUACAAAAACUUAAUAAAUGCGUAUA